AUGGGAAUUCUCCGGCGCAUUGCAGGCGACCUGCCGGCACAAACUUCAGGCCCACCCGUGGUGGCAGGGGAAGGAACAGAUCCCGCCCCCGAGAACACAGACAACAGUGACAUCGUUGUCAAGGCAGGUGGAGCUUCUCUUUUUGAGAGGGGCCGUGGGAAAAGGCCUCUAGUGACUAAGGCUGUAAUUGCUGCUUUUGCAGUGAUAGUGUUGUGGGGAGCUCGUUACAUUAUGUCAGGAAGGUUAAUAUCGGACCUGAAGACGUCGAAGCUGGGGCUAGAGGAUGUCUCACAGCAACCAGUAGAAAAUGUGUCACAGCAGUCACUAGACGAUGUGUCACAGCCGUCACCGGACGAUGCAUCAGAGCAACCAAUAGACGAUGUGAGCAUGCAGAAGUACAUUAAAGACUUCAAUGAAGCAGCGAAGGAGAUGGAAAGGGCUUUCCCCUCAGAAUCGAGCGUGCGUCAAGCUUUUCAACUACACUUCACACCGUCGCUUGAGGAUGGUCAAAAUCUCCCGGGAGACCCUCUGGCGGUCAUCAAAGACCACGUUGCCAAGAUGGAAAAGAUUAUAGUGACAGUCAUGCUCCUAUAG